GGUGGAAUCCUAGCUGCUGCCAAGUGGGUCAAAUAUCAUGGGUCAGGUGUGGGGAAGGUGAUUGGGCAGGUCUGUCUGGAUAUAAAUUUUGGAGCCCCUGCAUCCAUUCUAAGAGACCUGGGUAUUCGGUUCAGCUGGGAAUCCACGUGUGAGAGGACCCAGGCGUUCAAGCUAAGCAGCGAUCUGUGGAUCUGCUCUCCCAGACAGCCAGGCUCUGAAACAGAAUCUAUACCAUUCCGCUGGUCAAAUCUCAGACCCCACAUCUCGCCUGAGGACGUGAGCCAUUGAUGGGCUGGGAGGAGGCCAGGUCUGAGCACCUGGGGCUGUGGGUCCCUGUGCUGGCUGUCCUUUUGCUGGAAGCCUGCCGGGCACACCCUAUCCCUGACUCCAGCCCCCUCCUCCAAUUUGGAGGCCAAGUUCGACAGCGGUACCUCUACACGGACGAUGCCCAGGAGACAGAGGCCCACCUAGAGAUCAGGGCUGAUGGCACAGUGGUGGGGGCUGCCCGCCGGAGCCCCGAAAGUCUCUUGGAGUUGAAAGCCCUGAAGCCAGGGGUCAUUCAAAUCUUGGGAGUGAAAACGUCCAGGUUCCUGUGCCAGGGCCCGGAUGGGACACUGUAUGGAUCGCUCCACUUCGACCCCGUAGCCUGCAGCUUCCGGGAACUGCUUCUCGAGGUUGGGUACAACAUCUACCACUCCGAGACCCUCGGCCUCCCACUUCGCCUGCCCCCCCGCAACUCCCCAUACCGGGGCCUGGCGCCCCGGGGACCCACCCGCUUCCUGCCCCUGCCCGGCCUGCUUCCGGCCCCCCUGGAGCCUCCAGGGGUCCCAGGCCCCCAGCCUCCCGACGUGGGCUCCUCGGACCCCCUGAGCAUGGUGGGGCCUUCGCAGGGCCGAAGUCCCAGCUACACUUCCUGAAGCCACAGGCUGUUUAUUAUGGGGUCUCCUCUAUUUAUCGGGUUAUUUAUCUUAUUUAUUAUUUUAUUUUUCUUACUCGGGAUAAUAAAGAAUCUGAGAGGAGGACCCGAGUGAGUGUUUGAGGGAGGAUAUGGGAUCCCGCUGCCUUGUCUCCCAUUGACCCCAAGAACCCUUGCGCCCAUUGUCAGGAGGCUGUGAGAAUGUCCCAAUCGCCCUCUGGGCCUCAGUUUUCUGCUCUGCUUAGGUGUCCCCAGGGACUCUGGACUAUCCCUGCCCCUUGACAGGAGAAAGCUUGUUAACCUCCCCGCCUCCCCCACCCACCCCCAACUUCGUGCUUGUGUUGUGGAACUAUUUUUCUGGGUUCCCUCAAUAACAGGGGAACAUUUAAACAAUGACACCACAGACCUACAGCCUCAUGGGAGAUGUAGUUUUCUGGGUCCACUUAGCACGAGGAUUUGGAUGACAUCUGGGUCCUCAGGGGCGGGGCAAGGACUCUUGGAUCCUAGGGGUUUGAUUGGUCCUAGAUGGGACACUUGGGUCCUGAGGGAUCAGAGAGCUGGACGUCUGGACACCUGGGUCCCAGGAGAACAGGGGAAGAGGAACGUGGAACCCUGGUCUGAGGGAAGGACUGGAGAGUGGGAGU